GUGUUUUACUUGGUAAUGUCGCAGAACGAACAUGGUACAAGUUUGUGUUGACUGCACGGAUAAAGGAAUGUAUCUAUCAUAAAUGAUAUGCUAAGAACCUGGUUAUACCAUGGAAACAAACGGCCCUGUAUUUAAGAAGAUGUACCAUGACAUCAGAGGAAAACUGUUCCUGCAGAGGUUGUUACCAGGAGACGAAGGCGUGGUGUUUGGCCAUUCUGUGGAGACGUCGCAUGUCAGAGCUGAACCCUUCCAGGACCUCAAGCUCGAAUCGCCCACCCGGACCCUGACCCUGCAGGCCCCUCGGGGGGUGGAGAUCAACGCCGGUGUGGGAGACUUCCAGGCCUCCUGCAGAAAGGACCUUCUACUCCAGUCCUCAGAAGGAGAGAUCUUCCUGGAUGCCAUCACCAUCCGGUUGGGCAGCAUUCCCCACGGCAGCGCGGUAGACCCCCUGGAGGGCGCGCCGGCCGGGACCACCUACACCAAACAGACUGUGUACGAGUUGUGCGCCUGCGCCAACGGCAAGCUGUACCUGUCACCGGCGGAAAAGGGCUCCACCUGUCAGACCACCAGUAAUUUCUGUCUAUGGAGCUGA